GGCGGGGAAGGCAGGGGUGGUACUUGGCUUAGACCCCUGGCGGGGAGGGCAGGGCUGGGGAUUAGAAAGGGUGGGCUUUAGAAGACUAGCAGGUAGCCGCCUCAUUUCUCCUAAGGUUCCUAUAACCAGCUCCAGCCUGGAGGAUUCCUGACUCGCCAUGGAGUCCACUCUGAGCGCCGGCAUUAUGAUGGCUGAAGCACUACAAAACCAGCUUCCCGGGCUAGAGAAUAUGUGGCUCUGGGUCACCUUUCUGGCCGAUCCCAAGAACCUCUUUCAUUUCUACUUCCCCGCGGUCUACUACGCCUCCCGCCGCCUGGGCAUCUCCCUGUUCUGGAUCGCCUUCAUUACUGAGUGGCUCAACCUCGUCUUCAAGUGGGUUCUGUUUGGAGACAGGCCCUUCUGGUGGGUGCAUGAAUCCGGGUACUCCGCCCAGACUCCAAUCCAGAUUCACCAGUUCCCUUCUUCUUGUGAGACUGGUCCAGGCAGCCCCUCUGGCCACUGCAUGAUCACAGGCGCAGCUUUGUGGCCCGUAAUGAUAGCCAUUUCAUCUCAGGUGGCCUCUCAGACCCGCAGCCCCUGGGUGAGGGUGAUUCCUGGCCUGGCUUACUGCACCUUCCUAUUGGCAGUCGGCCUAUCUCGGGUCUUCCUCUUAGCACAUUUCCCUCACCAAGUGUUGGCUGGCCUUCUAGCUGGUGAGCAACUUGGGGCAAAAGGGUGACCCAAGAGGGUGUCUUUGGCAAUGGGAGGAUCAGUCUAGGAACCUCCCAGCAUUCCAAGUUCCUGUAGAGCCAACCCCAGGUCCCCACCUCUGUCUUAGUAUGUUCCCCCGAUGAGAUGAAUUGCAGCUGGGGGGGGGGGGUCAUUUCCCCAAACAUCUUGAAAUUGUUUUUGCCCUGUUCCCUCAGGUGUUGUCCUUGGCUGGCUAUUGAGUCCCCGGGUGCCCAUGGAGCGGGAACUUAGCUUUUAUGGAUUGACUGCUCUGACCCUCAUGCUGGGUGCCAGCCUCAUGUAUUGGACACUCUUUACACUGGGCCUAGAUCUUUCCUGGUCCAUCAACCUGGCUACCAAGUGGUGUGAUCGGCCCGAGUGGGUGCUCGUUGACAGUCGGCCCUUUGCCUCACUGAGCCGUGACUCAGGGUCUGCCCUAGGUCUGGGCAUCGCCCUCCACACUCCCUGUUAUGCCCAGAUUCGGCGAGUACACCUAGGAAAUGGCCAGAAAAUAGCUUGCUUUGUGCUAGCCAUGGGGCUGCUGGUCUUCCUGGAAUGGCUGGGUCAUCCACCUCAGAUGAGCCUCUUCUACAUCUUCAACUUCCUCAAAUUUACACUCUGGCCAUGUCUGGUCGUGGCCCUCGUGCCCUGGAUAGUGCAUACAUUGAGUGCCCAGGAAGCCCCGCCCAUUCGCUCCUCUUGAUGAGUUUUGCCUCCCUCUCCCCAAAGACAACACUCCUUGACCACCACAGGAGCAGACCCGAUCACCUUGAACUCCAUUUCUGCCUCAUGCUUUGCAGUCUUACCCCCCUUUUAAAAAAGAACCUCUGUUUCCAGGAGGCUAAGCCUUUCCCCAGGUCCCCACAAAGCAAGAACAAUGGGAGGCCUGGUGGGACGGGGAACUGGGUUCCUGACACUGACGAGCUGCUCAGGAAGGCCCCAAUAAAGCCCUUGAAACCUCUGAA